AUGACCAUGAGCUCGUUUUUGAUAAACUCCAACUACAUCGAGCCCAAGUUCCCUCCCUUCGAGGAGUACGCGCAGCACAGCGGCCCGGGCGGCGGAGACGGCGGCCCGGGCGGGGGCCCCGGCUAUCAGCAGCCCCCAGCGCCCGCGGCCCAGCACCUGCCGCCGCCGCAGCAGCAGCCCCAGCUCUCCCACGCGGGCGGCAGUCGCGAGCCCCCAGCCUCCUACUACGCGCCUCGGGCCGCCCGCGAGUCCUCCUAUCCCGCGGCCGCGCUCUACCCCGCGCACGGGGCGGCCGACACCGCCUACCCCUAUGGCUACCGCGGUGGCGCCAGUCCGGGGCAGCCGCCGCAGCCCGAGCAGCCCCCGGCGCACGCCAAGGCUCCUGCGCACGGCCUGCACGCGAGCCACGUCCUGCCGCCUCCUCCCCCGCAGCAUCGUGCGGCGGCCCCCGCGCCCCCGCGGCGCUGCGAGGCGGCUCCUGCCACCCCGGGCGUCCCGUCAGGGGGCAGCGCCCCCGCGUGCCCGCUGCUCCUGGCAGACAAGAGCCCGCCGGGCCUGAAGGGCAAGGAGCCCGUGGUGUACCCCUGGAUGAAGAAGAUCCAUGUCAGCGCCGUCAACCCCAGUUAUAAUGGAGGGGAGCCCAAGCGCUCCCGAACCGCCUACACCCGGCAGCAGGUCUUGGAGCUGGAGAAAGAGUUCCACUUUAACCGCUACCUGACCCGGCGUCGCCGCAUCGAGAUCGCCCACACGCUCUGCUUGUCUGAGCGCCAGGUCAAGAUCUGGUUUCAGAACCGAAGGAUGAAGUGGAAGAAAGAUCAUAAACUGCCCAACACUAAGAUGCGAUCCUCCAACUCCAGCUCGGCUUCAGCAGGCCCGCCAGGAAAACCACAAACUCAGAGCCCGCAUCCGCAUCCUCACCCCCACCAGGGCUCCUCCGCACUCACUCCUUCCUCUAUGUAAUCUUCCAGAGCUCUAGACCAGUUCUGUCCCUCACCUGCUUUUCUCCUCUCUUCUGCCCCUUUUCCCAUCCACCCGUCCCCAUCUGGACUACGACUGACCCCCAAACAAAACUCAAUUUGGUGAAAAGGAUAAUAAAAAGAAGCUGUUUUGCGGGUAAGAAAGCGUGUGAACUGGUUGCCACAGAAGAGAAGGCAAUGACCAGGAUGCUGGCUGGUGGGACAACCUGCUGGCCUGGACAAGGCUGUCAGCUUUGGAUACCCGAGAAGGACCACUUGGCAUCAAAUACUUUUGAGAUGGCUGAAGCCAGUCGCACAACUCAUGUUGAUUGGGGACAUGUACAUUUGUUGCAAGCAGAAGAAAACAGACCCUUUUCCUACCUUCCUUACCUUCCCCUCCCUCCUUAAGGCAGCUCAUAAAAGCUUGUACUGAACUGAAUAAAUGAGUAGCCACUGUGGACCUCACAAGAUUAUUUAAUUCUCAAAAAUGUAUAGACCUUGAUGGUAGAUGUGACACAUGUUAGUUUCCCUUCCUUUCAUUUAUUUAAAAUAUUGUUAUGGAGAUAUUGUCUUAUUCUGAGGCACAAUCUUGGAAGGGAGAGUGCAUUUAGUCCCACAUGCAGCUGUACAAAUUGUGGUGUUGCUCUGUAGA